AGUGUACACUGCUUGCUGUACUGUUCCGGCAAAACACAGAGAGAAGCCUUCUAAGCUGGGACGAAAGAAACUAAAACGAAAUAGUUUCAAACAGAGAAAUACUUUUUCAUUGAUUUACUGAUCAUUUAGGGUUCAAAUGGCGAAUUUAGACGAUAAGCUGCUGGGUGAGAAGCUUCACUAUUACUGUUCCUCUAGUGAGGAUGAAGAUGAAGGAGGGAUACAACGCGUAGAUCCGUCCCAGGAUCCUCCCCCUCUACAGCAACCUGCUCUGGACGGGAAUACGGGGAAUACAGGACCUAAGGGAGUUAUCAAGGAUUGGCAAAGAUUUAAACAGCUAGAAACUGAGAAGAGAGAGGAUGCUCAUUUGGAAAAAAUUGCUCUAGGAAAGAAAUUACAAAUGUCCUGUAAAACAGCAAGGGAGGAGGAAGAAGAGAAGGAGAGAGAAAGAAGAAUUGAAGAUGAACUCCAAGAACUUAUGAAUGACGACUUCAUGCAGGAGUACAUGCAGAAGCGGAUGCAGGAGAUGAUGAACAUGAACAAUAAAAAUAAUAAAAAGUUUGGAGAAGUGAUAAAUCUAAGUUCCGGAGAAGAUUUUCUGAACGCAAUCGACUCCGAAGAGAAAACUUGCACAGUGGUAAUCCUACUCCACGAACCCGGCGUUGAAGGUUGUCAGACUAUGCUCGGAUGUAUUCAGUGUCUAGCAAAGGAGCAUAAAACCGUCAAAUUUUGUGAAAUAUUCGGAUCGGCAGCCGGACUUUCAAAACAUUUCAAGGUUUCAGGUGUACCUGCUCUCCUGGUCUACAGGGACGGUCAGCUUAUAUCUAGUUUUGUUCGUCUCACUGACCAACUAGGAGAAGAUUUCUUCGCAAACGAUGUUGAAUCCUUCCUCCAGGAGCACAGUAUUCUACCUUGUCUGGACGAGGUUCCAAAAAUUAUCCGAGGUCCGGGGGUAACACAGGACGAGGACGAGGAUUAGUCAACUCAUUUAUACACACGAUCUACUUCAGGAUUCAUUGAUUAGAAGUAAUUGUUUAUUUGUUUGAUAUUCGCCAUUGAGUAAUAUUGAUGUUUUUGUUUUGUUAAACUUUUAUCUUCAUAAUAAUGUAAACUUUGUUUAGAAAAGAAACUGAGUUUUUGCCA